AUGGCUCAAGCAACGCACGACUGGGAAAUCCGCUUCUCGCAAUCCAGACACAGAGCCUAUUUCUAUUCGAACCAGCUCAAGAAGUCGUGCUGGGACCGACCGGCGGAGAUCUCGCCCGAGGAGGCCGAGAAGCUGCCCGGGGCCCACCUCCUCCAGGGCGCCGUGACCUCGCAAGGGCUGGGUGGCGCCCUGGACAACUCGAACAAAGUUAGAGCGAGUCACCUGCUGGUCAAGCAUGCACAAAGUCGAAGGCCGGCGAGCUGGAAAGAGGCCAACAUCACCCGAACCAAGGACGAAGCGAUGGAGAUCCUGAAGGGCUACCAAGGCCAGCUGGCGGCGGUCUCCGAGGAGAAGGCCGCACUGGCCAGCCUGUUCGCCGAGCUCGCCAACGCCCAUUCCGACUGCUCCUCCCACGCCAGCGGCGGCGACCUCGGCUUCUUCGCCCGCGGACAGAUGCAGAAGCCCUUCGAGGACGCCACCUACGCUCUCGAGGUCGGCCAGUUGUCCCAGAUCAUCGACACCGAAUCCGGCGUCCAUCUCAUCUUGAGAACCGCCUGA